AUGGACGCGCUGGAAAACCUCUAUAAAUACAUACCGACCCAAGGCUCUUGGCCACUGAUCGCGUGGGACGCGGCCGUCCUCGGCCUCGGCGGCUACCCGCACCUCAAGCGCGUCGAGAUCGCCGGCCGCUCGCUGCACAAGCGCGUGCGCAACGCGGCCCGCGGCCGCUCGCUCUCGAUGGAGUCGAACGGCGAGCACGACGCGCGCGCCGAGGCCAAGCUCAAGGAAGAGGCCAUCUUGGCCAAGUACCGCAAGUCGAUCAAGGGCAAGAACUUUAUCAACUUGACCAUGUACCAGCAGCUCGGCCUGACCGACGUCAUGUUCGACGCGACGCCCGACCAGAUCAAGAAGGCGUACCACCGCGUGCUUAUUGAGCACCACCCGGAUAAGACGCUCAAGGACGAGAACGACCCGAACUACCUCGCCGCCAAGGUCGUCGAUUUCUACGCGCUCUAUGGCCCCGUGUUUGAGCGCAACGCGCGCUUCUCCAACAUUACGCCCGUGCCGGCGCUCGGCGACGACGAGACGGACCUCGACACGGUCCAGUCGUUCUACAACUUUUGGCACACGUUUGACUCGUGGCGCGACUUUACGCACAACGCCGAGCACGACGUGGAUAGCGUCGAGAGCCGCGACGAGAAGCGUCACAUGAUGAAGAAGAACGAAGUGCAGGCCAAGAAGCUCAAGAAGAAGGAAUACAACCGUCUUGCCGACCUCGUGGACCGCGCGCAGGCGAACGACCCGCGCCUUCGCCGCGUCAAGCAGGCCGCCAAGGACAAGAAGGAGAACGACCGCAAGGCCAAGGAAGCCGCCGCCCAGGCCAUCAUCGAUGCCCAGAAGGCCGCCGAGGAGGCCGCCGCCCGCGCCAUCGCCGAGAAGGAAGAAGCGGAGAAGAAGUCCAAGAACGACGCCAAGUUGGCCAAGGACAAGCUCAAGAAGGCGUUCCGCAAGGUCAAGAAACCUUCCGUGAGCUCGUCGAAGCUAUCGAUGACCCGCGCGCUCGCGUCGCCUGCUGGCAUCGAGGACGUCGUCAAGGUCCUCACGGGCCUCCGCGGCGAAGCCUACAUGCAGAAGCAGGCUGCCAAGCGCGGUUAA